GUCCACCCUAUCAGCAGCAACAAGGGAGAAACAGCUGGAGCUUUGUCUCUCCACUCCAGCUCUGCUCAGGGUGGCCCUAUUGCUGCUGUGGCUCCUGCAAGAAGAGCAGGAGAAAUAUCUUGGCUUGGCUGGCCUUGGUGCUGGAGCUGGGAAAGAUGCAGUUCCCUUCUCUUUGGGAAGGAGCCUCCCUGAAGAGCCUCCUCCUCUUCUCUGCUGUCUUCCUGAUGCUAGCAAGUUAUCUGCAGAGGAGGAGGCGGCACCCCAACUACCCCCCCGGCCCUUUUCAGCUGCCCUUCCUGGGCAACUUCUUUCACAUGGACCAUAAAAAUCCCCAUAUGGCCUUCUACCAGCUUGCCAAGAAAUAUGGAAAUAUUUUCUCCUUGGAACUUGUUGGUUGUCCUGUUAUAGUCGUAACUGGAUUGUCACUGAUAAAGGAAGUCCUGGUCAACCAAGGCCAGGUGUUUGUUGAUCGACCCCACACUCCUUUGCGGUCUUAUGUCUUUAAAAAACUUGGCUUAAUCAUGUCUAAUGGUCAAGAGUGGAAAGAUCAAAGAAGAUUUACUUUAAUGACCCUAAGGAAUUUUGGCUUGGGAAAGAGGACCCUGGAACUUCGAAUUCAGGAAGAGGCUAUGUACCUCACUGAGGCUAUCAGGGAAGAAAAAGGACAGCCCUUUGACCCCCACUUUCAGAUCAACAAUGCUGUUUCCAAUAUCAUCUGUUCUGUCACUUUCGGGAAUCGCUUUGAGUACCAUGAUUCCCAGUUUCGGGAGUUGUUGAAGAUCUUGGAUGAAGCCAUGAUGCUUCAAACCAAGUGGGAGUGUCAGUUCUUCGAAAUGUUUCCUCGGAUAAUGAAAUUCUUGCCAGGAGCUCACAAGAAGCUCUUUAGAGAAUGGAAGAAGCUGGAGUCUUUUGUAUUGGAUAUAAUCAGACAACACAAGGAAAACCCAAACUCAGAGGAAGCUCAGGACUUCAUUGAAGCUUACCUGACUGAGCUGUCCAAGGGUAACAUCAGCCCCAGUUUUAGUGAAGACAAUUUAGUCUCAUGCACCCUGGACCUCUUCUUGGCUGGAACAGAGACAACUUCAACCACUCUGCGGUGGGCUCUGCUGUAUAUGGCCCUUUGUCCAGAGAUCCAAGGCAAAAUACAAGCCGAGAUCGACAGGGUGGUUGGCCAGUCCCGGCUGCCCACCAUGGCUGAUAGAGAAAAUAUGCCCUACACUAAUGCAGCCGUCCACGAAAUCCAGAGAAUGGGCAAUAUUGUUCCUUUCAACGUACCUAGAAUGUCCACAGUUGAUACCACGGUGGCAGGAUACCACGUGCCAAAGGGGACCUUAUUGGUGACCAAUCUGACUGCCUUGCACAGGGACCCCAAGGAGUGGGCUACCCCAGACGCCUUCAACCCAGAACACUUUCUGGAGGACGGUCAGUUUAAGAAAAGAGAGUCCUUUCUGCCUUUCUCAGCAGGGAAGAGGGUCUGCCUGGGAGAACAGCUGGCUCGCACUGAGCUCUUCAUUUUCUUCACUUGCCUGCUUCAGAGAUUCACAUUCCAGGCUCCCCCAGACACCCAACUGACCCUGGACUUCCGAAUUGGCCUUACCAUCUCUCCUGCCCCCUACAAAAUCUGUGCCAUUCCUCGGGAGACCCAAUCUGACCUUGACCUGUAGAGGAGCCUGCUUCAUGGGUGAGGAAGGCCCUGGGAUCAUCCACCUCCUCCAUGAUCACCCAUCCUGCCCUUUGAAACUUGGAUAGGGAAAGGGAGAGAAUUCAAGGAGAGGAGAAGAGGAGAAGAGACAAAAGGAGGGUAGCUGGCCAGAUAUGAACUUUCCUGCUUAGAAAAAGGAUAGACAUUAACACGACCCAAGGAAAGCAGAGUCCUUAAUCCAUUUGGAGAUUGAGGACCUUGUUCAAAUCCCAGCUCUGCCACUUGCCAGUAUUGAGUGACCUUGGAUCACUUUUUGUUGUCUCCCUGCUUCAGUUUACUCAACUAUAAAAUGAGGAAGAGUCUCUCUAAGGUCCCCUCCAUCUCUAAAUCUAUAACCUUGUUGAUGAUAUGAAUGGAAAGGGAACCAAUACUUUUCCUUCCCUACCUCAAGUAAUAGGGAAAAUGGGUAUUUUUGCUUGGUUGGUUGAUUACUUGCCUCUUGCUCUUGUAACUCAUGUAAUUUUGGGUGGUAUCACUUUAGGGAAGGUUGCAGAGAGUUCAGUGAGUUCCAGAAGGUCUCCAUAAGUUGGGGAAAGAUCCUUAGAGGCUGUCAGCUCGCUGUGGUUAAGGACUGUUUUUAUUAUUUCUUUGGAUCUCCAACCCCCAGUCCAGAGCCUUACAUAGAGAAAGAGCCCAGCCAAUCUUUGCCAAUUCUUUCAUCUCUAAAUUAUCUAAGGUUAUUUUCAGAGUUUAUUCAUGCUUAUUUCCUUUGAUUUCCAUAAUGUGAACGAUUCUUCAAUCAUCUAGGUUCCUCUUUCCUAUUAAAAUCUUAUUUUAGAUAAUAAUUCACAAUUACUCCACUCUCAGUUAGUCACUUGGGGAUAGGAACACUCACACCUUGAGUAUUACCAAUCUAUGAAUGUUCCCUAAUCCUGUGAAAGUUGCCAGUUCUUUUCAGAGAUUUUUACAUAAAAUAGAUUUCCAUAAUGUUAAUGGCAACCCUUUCAAUACCCCAGCCAAUCAGAAAAGGUUAACUCCCAUGUUACACACAAUCAUGUUGCUCAAAUUAUUUGUGUUCCCCUUUCUAAUAUUCCUCAUUUAUACCUAUAAAAGUGCUCUGUAAUCUCAUGAGGUCCCUGUAGCAACUAAUGUGGUCUUAGACCCAUUUUACGAUAAACUGCUAAUAAACUGAUACUGCUCAG